AUGCUGUUCCUCGACAUCUCCAACAGCGACGACCAAAAUGACUUUCCGCUCAACGAUGCAGCAGAUAUCACACCGCAUGUGAUUGCCGACAUGGAGGAGAAGCUCCGCAAGCUUCUCAACAUGCAACAUCUUGCCGCCGUUGAGGUCCGCCAUAUUCGCUCUCCUCAAGAAUCGAAGCCCACGGGUUUGUGGCGGAUAGCGAAGGUUGCCAUUCUCAUUCUUAUCCAACACUUCCUCGUAUCCGCAAACAAAACCGCGAAACAAGACACCGUUUCCGUCUGGGAGGAGACCCUUCCCGCUUUCAACACCGUGGAUGAAGUUUGGGAGUUUGCAGUUCGGUCUGCGGGGGAUGAGCGGGAAGCCAAUUUAGCUAUGGAAUUCCGUCGAGCUAUCUCGAACGACCAGCUCCUCCCAGCCAUCCCAAACGAAAAGUCACCCAAACCUGACUGGAGCAGAGAUCCUCUCUCGGCCAUCUCCGAAGACAACACAGCCUCAUCACCCACGAUCUCGGAAACCAUGAUUGACGUGUUUCGUCAGGAAUACCCUCUUACGCUUUCCAAACUCCAACACUGUCACCGCCUUGGCGACGGAGAAAUGUCCGACGACCAUGACGAUCAAGACCACACACACACCCUCUCCGCCGAGCUCGAUCGAUACAUCUCCGAAGCCCAAACCGCCGAGAGCCUCCUUGCACAGUUCCAAUCUCUGAGAUCGCAGCACUUAUUACCACCGUCCUCCAACAACACAAAGGCGCUCGGAUCGCAGUCCGAGGCAGCAAAGGCGGCGAGUCCCUAUCGCAAGAAGAAUUCAGAGGAGCAGUUCAUCGGCAAAAUGAGAAAGAGCGAGCACGGACAGGAGCACAAGCCCGAUGUGCCGGCACGAUGUGCUACAAUGCCAACAUCAGGUCCACUCUCGUCGUCGCUUUCGUCGUUGGAGAAGGUUCACUCGAAUAUACAUGCAGAAACAUUGCGCAUCAUGCGCUUCAGGGAUGACGACGAUAGGCAGAGAAGGGAGCAGAAGGUGGAUGUCAAGCGGGAGAGGUGA